GUCCAGAAACUGUUUGUGUAUCCAGAGAGUAUUUUACAUAUUUUUUUAGGGGACCAAACUGAACUGAGAAGGUCCAAUAAAUCAUUUUCUGGCUGGCUUCAAUUGCCAAAUUUAGUUCGUGAAUGAAUGUUUAAACCGUAUUCAACAUUGGAAUCAUUGCUGGCUGCCUCAUGCACAGGUUCUAAAAAGUAUAAUAAGCAAACGGCAUAUUCAUCUACUCGUAUUUGUUUCUCACGUAGCUGUAGACCCGCAAAUAACUGAUCAAUCUUGCCCCGAUCUGCUGACGGCCUUGUGUUUAACUCCAGUCGCGAAUGGCACCAUUCUCACUAGCUCCAGGAACCAGUUUGGUGUCCUCUUCACCAUUUCCUGGCAAAUUGCCAUUGUACAUUUCUUUCUACAUUGCGUUAGUCUAGCGGUGCAGGUUUCAAUACUAACCCUCAUAUUCACACCGAGGAACAGUUGGCAGCCCACCAUAGCCAGCACACGAGUCCAUCCGUUUGCAAAUAUAGAAGUAUAAGAGGUGCCAAUAAUAUUUGAACAAAGUUUGAGGUGGUUUUAGAUAUAGGAACUCACGGAAUGAAUGCACCACCUGUAGUGAACCACUGGAAUCCCCAUGAUAUUCUGGAUGUUGGAAAUGUAUCGUUUCGUUUCGGCCUUCUUGUUCUGAAUCAACCCAUAAAUAUUGAGAGAGAGCUCAUGUUUUCUUUGUGGAACAGAGCUUCUUUGAGGGUAACUGUGGAUGGAGGGACAAACCGUUGGUUUCGCUUUCUACAGGGUGGAAACUGUGUUGCACCAGAACUUAUCACUGGCGAUAUGGAUUCCAUAAAGCAAAAUGUUCUUACACAUUUUAAAAGGGAAGGUUCUCAAAUUAUUCCAACACCAAAUCAAAAUGAGACUGAUUUCACAAAAGCCUUGAGACAUGUUCAUGGUCACAUUAUAAGCAAAAACUUGCAGCUAGAUGGAAUAAUUGCGGUGUGCGAGACAUCCGGUCGGCUGGACCAGAUUCUAGCAAAUUUAAACACCUUAUACAAGGCGAAAGACAUUGUGGGAAAUGUUCCAGUGUACCAGCUGGCCAAAAACUCUCUGUCAUGGCUUCUUGCGGCAGGAUCACAUCAAAUAAAUGUUGGAGACGCGACAGUGAAGAAAGGCUGUUGGUGCAGUUUAGUGGCCCUUGGUGCGGGAGUCGAGCGCGUCACCACCACAGGCCUCAAAUGGAAUCUUGAUGAUCGAGUGAUGGAAUUUGGCGGAACAAUCAGCACGUCAAACACGUACAGCGGCGAUCCCGUAGUAACGGUCAAAACGAGCGGCUCGUUGGUGUGGUCCAUGGGACUUUGCGACGAUGAUACAUAACGUCUUUUGUGGGGAUUUGAUUCUUGUGUUGGUGUUUCCAGAGAAUACGAACGUCCAGUCCGUAGAACCUGUCAUCGGACAUGCGGGAUAAAUCCCAUUGCUUCUAUCAAAAUAUUUUUGUUAUUCUUAUACUUAUUUUGAAAUCCAGAUAAUAUUUAGGAAAUAAUGGAAGCAAUGUGUUACGUUGCUGUGAAAUGUAUUUAAAUGUUGUGGGGCACCAAUUUGAGUAGAUGCUUUAGUUUGUAGAGUGCUUAAACACGCCAGCUAUUUUUAUAACUACGCGUGUACUUGUAGAUUAUUUCUGUCAGUAGACAGUUUCUUGCAUUGUGGUUGCUGUAUGAAACAAAAUAAUUUUAAUUAAGAUCUUAUAUAAUUAUUCACUUAAUUACAAAUGUGAUAAUAUCUACUGACAGAAAUGAAUGGUAAAACUCCGUGACCUCACUGGCAGUACGUAGGGUACUUAUGAGAAGAAUUUUUAAAAGUAUUUAAACCAAUAGUAUGCUCGUCGGUUGUGGGUCUUCGAGCUCAAUUUAUUUUUUGACCGUGACAUUGAAGGAACGUGUCGGCCAAAUAGAUUUUUCACGUGAAGGUACUCAAUACGAAGAUGACUGAUAUCAGAUAUUGUCUGACACGUUUUACAUUUGUGGUGGUAUCCAAAAGUUUUUAGAAUAAAUAAAAUGAAAACACUUGUUACGUGACCAAA